CUCCCUACCCCACCUACAUCUCUCAACCCCAUCCUCUCUAACGUUUCUUUCUCCUCACUUUCAACCCUUUUUCCUUUUCCUGUAAAUUACCUUCCCCUCUUCUGCUUGCCCGUUUCUGUUUGUUUCUGAGUUUUUUCUUUUUUCUGUUUUUGGUGUUAGUUGUAUUAUUCUUUAUUUUAAUCUCUUUCUUUUUUAACUCUUUAAACCCAUGUGGGUUUGUUGCUGCUGAGAACAGCGCAAGGGAAGAAAAAUCUGUUGAAGAAACUCCUCAUGCGCCCCUUUUUACCGCUACCACAUUAGUUUUUUUUCUUCUUUUCUCUUUUUGUGCAGAGAGAUCUUUCAUUCCAAACGGCACUGAAGAAAUGACUAAAGAUGAAGACUUUAAGCUCCUCAAGAUCCAGACUUGUGUUCUCAAAGUAAACAUACAUUGCGAUGGAUGCAAGCAGAAAGUGAAGAAACUCCUUCAGAGAAUUGAAGGUGUUUACACAGUAAACAUAGAUGCAGAGCAACAGAAGGUCACAGUUUCGGGCAGUGUAGAUUCUGCUACUUUGAUCAAGAAGUUGGUCAAAUCCGGUAAACAUGCAGAACUUUGGUCUGCAAAAUCCAAUCAAAACCAGAAACAACAGCAGCAACAAUCUCAUGGCGCCAAGGAUAACAAAACCAACAAUGACCAAAAGCAAGGUCUAAUCAAGGGGCUCCAAGCCUUCAAAAACCAGCAGAAAUUCCCCACAUUUGGCCCCGAAUAUGAUGAAUUUGACUGCUCUGAUGAAGAUGAAGAUGAAGAUGAAGAUGAAUUGCGGUUCAUCCGAGAUAAGAUCGGUCAUCUGGGUCUUCUCAGGCAGCAAGCAAAUCAGGGAAACAAUGCCAAGAAAGGAGAUGGUGGUGUUCCUGUCAACAACAAUGGGAAGUUGAAUAAUGGUGGAAAUGGGAACGCUGGCAAGAAAGCUGGGGGCGGUGGUGGGGGAGGGAACCCUACCCAGAAUAUGGGCAUGAAAGCUGCCACUGGAAUUGAUCAGAAGAACAUGGGAGCUACAAAAAUGAACAAUGUCCCUCUAGGCGGAGGAAAUGCCACUGCUGGUAAGGCAAAUGACAUCAAUACAAUGUUGAAUCUAUCAGGAUUUCAUGGCCAAGGUGCAGGUAUUGGUGGCCUUGGAGGCAAUGGAUUGGGGAUUCAAGCCCAGGCAAACAAUGGGCUUCAAGGGUCUUCUUCAGGGUUCCCAGGUGUUGGUGGCGGGUUUGCUACAGGUGGGCAGCAUCUAUCACCCAUGAUGAUGGCUAAUAUGCAAGGAUACCAACAAUUCCAAAAUCCCUCUUCUGUGAUGAACAUGAACAUGCAGAACAGACAUAAUAUCAACAAUAUGAUGAUGAAUGAAAGUAGGUACAUGCAACCCCAGAUGAUGUAUCAUAGAUCUCCCAUCAUCCCUCCCAACACUGGUUAUUAUUAUAAUUAUGACUACAGUCAUGCCCCACACCCUGGCUUUUAUCCUGAAAACAGGGGUGAUCACUCAGCAGCAUAUACGUUCAAUGAUGAAUACGCUAACAGCUGUGCAGUUAUGUAAAGAUUCAAAAAAGAACGGGUUUAUGGGCAAGAAGUAGAGACAGGGCGAGGUUUAUCUGUUUUACUUGAAUUAUUAUUAGCUUUUGUAAUGUGGUGGACGUUGGCCUUGUAAUGGGUGGGGUUAGAUUGGAUGUCUCUGUAUUGCUGAGUGGUGAAUCUUUCUUGGGUUUUUAUGUCUAGUUGUUAAAAAGGAUGUUCUUAUUUCCUUCUGAACUUUGCUGGUUUGUCUGUCUUCUCUGUUUCUGGACUCUGUUGGUUGGCGUGUAUCUGUGUGUGGACUAUGGUGAAGUGGUGAAGUGAAGUGGAUAUAGACUAAUGGCACUAAAAAUAAUGAUUAAGUGGAGAUUAAUCAACACAUGGGUUCUUCAGAGUUCAGAGUAUGAGUCAACUUGUGGCUCCUUUUUCUACUGACAGAAGACAAGGUCAUUGCCUACUUUAGUUGUACCAACAGACAUGAUGCAGAGUAGAAAGUAGAAAGAACUUGGGUGACAUUUGCAUGUUACAUUUGUAUUAAAAAAUAGUACACUGGAUUAGGUGGA